UGCUGCUGCUGCUGCUGGUGAGCAGCACUGACACUGACAUGGAGCGACGGUGUUAGCCGCCGAGUGUGUGAGUGAGUGUGUGGACGUCGGACCGGGCAACAACACAAGUAUAAGUUCGUCUGAAACGUCGCAGUAGCUCCGUACGAACCUGACAAAAAUGAUGCGUUUCAUGCUGCUGUUCAGCCGGCAGGGGAAGCUGCGCCUGCAGAAAUGGUACACGGCCACAGCCGAGCGGGACAAGAAGAAGAUGGUGAGGGAGCUGAUGCAGAUCGUCCUCGCACGCAAACCAAAGAUGUGCAGCUUCCUCGAAUGGAGGGACCUCAAGAUUGUCUAUAAAAGGUACGCCAGCCUUUAUUUCUGUUGUGCAAUCGAAGAGCACGACAACGAGCUGAUCACGCUGGAAAUCAUCCAUCGCUUCGUAGAGCUGCUCGAUAAAUACUUUGGAAGCGUGUGCGAGCUGGACAUCAUCUUUAACUUCGAGAAGGCGUACUUCAUCCUCGACGAGUUCCUGAUGGGAGGAGAGAUCCAGGACACGUCUAAGAAGAGCGUCCUCAAAGCCAUCGAACAAUCGGACCUACUGCAGGAGGAGGACGAGUCGCCCAGGAGUGUGUUGGAGGAGAUGGGCUUGGCGUAAAAUGCAGACAGCCAUGUUGUGAGAGACUAAAGGUACCAAGGUUAGAGGGCUGGAUGAGAGGGGACGGGACAGAAUCUGGGAUUGGACGUUCUUUUUGGACUGACACGUUUGGCUCUGUGUAUCUGUGGCUCUGGGGACUGAUGAGGGAACAGAAUGGACCCUGACAUCAGCAGGCCCUGAAGCUGUGUGUCUCUGUGUGCGUGUGUGUGUGUGUGUGCGUGUGUGUGUGUGUGUGAGUGAGCUAAGCGUGGGGAAAGAGGAAAAAAAAAAAAAAGGGUUACACUUCUAUUUAUGUGUGUGUUUUGAUUUCAAACGAGGAAAGAGAGUAACUUAAGAAUGAGACGCGACGGUUGAAAGUGCUGUUACAGUCGCAGUGAGGCAGCUCCAACAGUCGCACCUCAUCAUGAAUGUUUGUGACACACUGAUUGUUAAAACGUGAGGAGCGAGACGAGAAGACAAACUAAAUAAAGACCCGAGACAUCUGGCGUUUGAUUCUGUGUUUUCAACAAACUCUCACAAAGUGAUCAAAACCAGCAACACGGAUCAUUUCUCCCUCAUCACGCGUGUGGAUCUCAGCCAUCAGGGAAAUCUUUCAUAAAAGCAGCUCACAGAUGUGUAUAUUUUUAAAAAGAAAAGGGCUUUGUAAUUUCUUAAAACCAGACGAAUGCUACAGUUUUUAACAAAUGAGGGGGGGGGGGGAAUAACGUGUAUUUGUUGGGACUAUUUUUGGUGGCGGAUGGAUCCACACUUGGGGCAGCAGAGGACGGUGUUUGGUUUGUUGUUGUUGGUUUUGAGCCGCACGCAAGAUUUUGUUGACAGAAUAAAACAUUUUAAAGCCAGAUUUUGUCACACUGGCGUUUCUGCCGGUUGAUGAUCGUGUGACGACGUGUGACAGGGAAACCAACACUAACUCUUUCACUAACGACGGAAGCGUCGAUUUAUCACUCAUUCAUUUAGAGCUCCAGACGUCACGCGGCUCACGUUUGUUGACGCCGCCAUGUUGGCAGGAAAACAAGCUUCCGAGAAAUGAGCGGCACCGGUGCCGGUUUCAAGACGUCAGAGUUUCCUGCGUGCACUUUAAAUCCACGUAGAACGAGCAAUUUACCGCAGAACCUGACGGACUGAUCCUUAUACUGCCCCCUGGUGCUUUUCACGAGUAUGGAACUGCAGCAUUACGACUAAAUCAAUUUUCUGAUAAACUUUCCUUCCCUACGUCCUACUCGGGGAAAAUGCUUACAUGUAAAAUAAGGCUGAAGUUGGCAUCUGGGUUUUCAGCUUCCAGGUUGUUAGUUAAGGGGAAACUUGAGGGGAACUUAACAGUAGAGCUGAAACAAUUAAUUGACGAAUCGAUUACAAAAUUAUUUGACGACUAUUUUGAUAAUCGAUGAAUCGGUUUGAAGCUUUUUUCAUGAUUAAAAGAAAAGAUUUCCGAUUGAUUCAGCUUCUUAAAUGUGAAUAUUUUCUUCAUUUCUUUGAAAUCAUUAAAAGUCAAUCAUUUUAGAUUGUGGACAAAACAAGACAUUUGAGAACAUAAUCAUUUCCAGGUUUGACGAACACCGAUCCACAUUUAUUAAGGUUUUCUGAUAUUUUAUGGACCAAACGAUUAAUCGAGAAAAUAAUCGACAGAUUAAUCGAUCAUGAAAAUAAUCGUUAGUUGCAGCUCUACUUAACAGCAAUCGUGCCCCACACUUUGUCAAAUAGAAAACGUUUUUCCUUAAGUUUCCUUGAAUUUGGAUGCUAACUUCAGUGCCGUGAUCUACUUGUUUGCUGCCGGUUAUUUUAGUGGUGAGUAGCGUCACUUUCUGCCAAAAUGGCAUUUUCUGCAUGAUGGUAUUGCGUGACGUCCGCUGCCGGAGCUCUAUAAUGAGAGCAAAACAAUUGAGCUCAAAUCAUGAUUAAGUUUCAGUUUUGACUAUAAUCUACUCUCAUUUAUAUUUUACGUUUGUUCCUAUUUGCUGCAGGAAACCAUGGCAACCAAACGGCUUCCUAUAAUAUUGAUUGAAAUGUAUUCACUUUAAAAGAAGAGAAAGCACAAGCGAGUGCUGUUGAAAUUUAUCUCUGAAAAAUAGUGUGCGAUAACGUCAAAAAAACCAAAACGAAGAACUAAAAGAAAACAGUAGAGUGGACUCUACAUUUCACUGCUUCCAAAACGGAUUAUGGGAUGUUGCGAACUCUCAUCCUUUAUUUGCUAAAUCUGUGUCCAUCGCAGGAAUUCGCCUUUACCUUUUCACAGAUAUGACGUUUCCACCUCCUUUCCUACUUUACUUUGCGAUAUUUUGCCGAAUUUUCUGUUUCCUGCUCAAGUCUGGCAAAUGGAAACCCACUAAUAUUCUCUUUACGCUCGAACCACCGCCCGUGAUACAACAGCUGCUCGCGCGUUCAGACAGCGUCUCCUCCGCGGUGUUUGAUGCUGCCCUCUGCUGUAAUAAACAAAUCUGUGUUGCUGUAUAAGUCGACUGUGGGGGUUUUUACGGUCACUUAACUUACGACUAACCACACGCGCCCACUUCAACAUUCUUUCCCUGUCGUUAAUCAUCGACCUCCUCUUAUGCAAUGACUUGCAGUGAAUGUUGUAAAUGUCAUUUUCUUGUUUGUAAAUGAAUUCAUGUCAAACGGAGCGAAGGUUUUGGUGUAGACUGAUUCUGAGGCAGGGGGAGAUGAUGAUGAUGCAGAGCUGUGAAGAGCCUUCAUGUGGGGGGGGAGCUAAAGGGACUCUUAUGUGUGAAUGUAAUUUUAUAAAGAAAUAAAAACAUUUUAAGCUACAUGAAA